GAUCGUUCUCAACCAAACAGUGGAGCUGCAGGAGCUGCAGAAGCAGCAAGACAUCUUCAACAUCUCGGAUUGGUAACUUAAGCUAACCCGCUUCAAGUAGAAAUGCUACCCCUAAUGGGAGAGAAGCGCAUCACUGGCUUUUAAAGACCGCUUGGACGUCAUAUAAUGAAACAUAUUUCGGGAGGAGAUUCAGAUUUUUUUUUGGAAAAUUAGACUUUCGUUUUUGUUUCUUUCAGAGUAUGUGCUCGAGACGGCGUUGUAUAGCACUAGUGCUAUGCUCAUCCGGGCCACUGUGCCGUGACUCGAUUCUUCAUUCACUGUGAAAGAGGGUUAGGGAUUAUUUUUACUGAAAUAUUUCGACAUUGUAAAUACUUUUGAUAAAUCCACGUCAAGCUGGAAAACAGACGGGCAUGUCUAAUCAAGGAGUUAGGAGAAAUGGCCCAGUGAAACUGCGGUUGACAGUCCUGUGUGCGAAGAACCUGUCGAAGAAAGACUUCUUCCUUGUGAAUACAAUCCUCCAUUUUGGCUCCUCCUCCACAGGGCUGCCUGACCCCUUUGCCAAAGUGGUAGUGGACGGCUCGGGGCAAUGCCACUCUACGGACACUGUAAGGAACACCCUGGAUCCCAAGUGGAACCAACAUUACGACCUGUACAUCGGGAAGUCUGAUUCUAUCACUAUAAGUGUGUGGAACCACAAGAAGAUCCACAAGAAGCAGGGUGCCGGCUUCCUGGGCUGUGUUCGCCUGCUCUCCAACGCCAUCAACCGCCUCAAAGACACUGGCUACCAGAGACUGGACCUGAAUAAGCUGGGCCCCAAUGACAACGACACGGUCAGAGGCCAGAUAGUGGUGAGCCUGCAGUCCAGAGACCGUAUCGGCACAGGAGGCCCGGUGGUGGACUGCAGUCGUCUGUUCGACAACGAUUUACCCGACGGCUGGGAGGAGAGAAGGACAGCCUCUGGUCGGAUCCAGUACCUUAACCACAUCACACGCACCACGCAAUGGGAAAGGCCCACCCGGCCGGCGUCGGAGUACUCCAGCCCCUCCGGGCGGCCUCUCAGCUGCGUGGUGGAUGAGAACACGCCGGUCAUGACGCCCAACGGGGCGGCCACCGGCGUUCUGCCCAGCGGCGGGAGCGACCCGCGGGCCCAGGAGAGGCGCGUCCGCUCGCAGAGGCACAGGAACUACAUGAGCAGGACACACCUACACACCCCGCCGGACCUGCCCGAAGGAUACGAACAACGGACCACUCAACAGGGCCAGGUCUACUUCCUCCACACUCAGACGGGCGUCAGCACGUGGCACGACCCCCGAGUGCCCAGGGAUCUGAGCAAUGUCAACUGUGAGGAGCUGGGCCCUCUGCCACCUGGCUGGGAGAUCCGCAACACAGCAACAGGCCGGGUCUACUUUGUGGACCACAACAACCGAACCACGCAGUUCACCGACCCGCGCCUCUCCGCCAAUCUCCACCUGGUCCUUAAUUCAAACGGCCCAAGUCCAAACGGUCCAUCCGGCCCGAGUCCAAACAGCUCCCGUGUGGCUAUGGACAGCCAGAGCCAGAACACUAACCUCAGUGGUCGCCAGUCUAACCAGCUGAAGGAGACGCAGCCACCCCAGCAGGCGCCGACGCUGUCUCCGGCCCAGCUCCCCGAGGAGGCUGAGUGCCUCACCGUGCCCAAGUACAAGAGGGACCUGGUACAGAAGCUGAAGAUCCUCCGCCAGGAGCUGUCCCAGCAACAGCCCCAGGCAGGACACUGUCGCAUCGAGGUCUGCCGCGAGGAGAUCUUCGAGGAGUCAUACCGACAGGUGAUGAAGAUGCGUCCCAAGGACCUGUGGAAGAGACUGAUGGUGAAGUUCAGAGGAGAAGAGGGCCUGGAUUAUGGGGGGGUGGCCAGGGAGUGGCUGUACCUGUUGUCUCACGAGAUGUUGAACCCGUACUACGGCUUGUUCCAGUACUCCAGAGAUGACAUCUACACACUGCAGAUCAACCCUGACAGCGCUGUGAACCCGGAGCACCUCUCCUACUUCCACUUUGUGGGUCGUAUCAUGGGCAUGGCGGUGUUCCACGGCCACUACAUCGACGGGGGCUUCACCCUGCCCUUCUACAAGCAGCUGCUGGGCAAACCCAUCACCCUGGACGACAUGGAGUCUGUGGACCCGGACCUCCACAAGAGCCUGGUCUGGAUCCUGGACAAUGACAUCACGGGCGUGCUGGACCAUACGUUCUGUGUGGAGCACAACGCCUAUGGGGAGAUCAUCCAGCACGAACUCAAACCCAACGGCAAGAGUGUCUCCGUCAGCGAGGACACCAAGAAGGAGUAUGUGAGACUGUAUGUGAACUGGCGGUUCCUCCACGGCAUCGAGGCUCAGUUCCUGGCCCUGCAGAAAGGCUUCAAUGAGGUCAUCCCCCAGCACCUGCUCAAGUCCUUUGACGAGAAGGAGCUCGAGCUAAUCGUGUGUGGCCUGGGGAAGAUCGAUAUCGCCGACUGGAAGAGCAACACGCGCCUGAAGCACUGUACAGCCGAGAGCAACGUGGUCAAGUGGUUCUGGAGGGCCGUGGAGUCCUACGACGAGGAGCGCCGAGCCCGGCUGCUGCAGUUUGUCACCGGGUCGUCCAGAGUCCCUCUGCAGGGCUUCAAGGCACUUCAAGGUGCGGCAGGACCCAGGCUCUUCACCAUCCAUCAGAUUGAUGCCAACACCAACAAUCUACCCAAAGCCCACACCUGCUUUAACCGGAUAGACGUUCCAGCCUACGAGCACUAUGACAAGCUGUACGACAAGCUGCUGACAGCUAUCGAGGAGACCUGCGGCUUUGCCGUGGAAUGAAUGACACAUCAUUGGGGGGGGGGGCGUGUGUGCGCGUGCAUGUGUGUGCGCGUGCGUGCGUGGUCAGCACAGCAAGACUGUAGACUCCACUGUCACCAUGGCAACCCAAAAACAAACCUUGCAAUGCUCAUACACACCUGCAAGACCUCAUGACCACACCCCUUUCUGCAACCUGACCCCCCCCACCCCCUACCCCACCCCCCAAGAAGAAUUUGGAGACCAGGAGAGAGGGAUUGAGACUACACGAGAACUCUCUCUCUCAACACAUUCUUCCUUUUCUUCGAAAUAUCACAUCCUUCAGCUGCUACAGACGAUUGACAAUGACUUUCCUUGAAACCCUUCAACAAUGCCGGCUUUCACUUGAUGGUUUUGGUCUCAUUUCUGGUUUUGUUUGUUUUUGUUACGCUCAUCUGGUGUGAUGGGAUAGCAAGGUCCAGACUGCAACAACAAUUA